AUGGCCUCCAAUGCCAUCAUAGAUGGCCUCAAGGCUGCCCUGAGUCCCAAUGCAGUCGUCUACUUUAUUGGUCUCUAUAUCGCUUAUCACAUCGCCAUAGCCUUGUACAAUAUCUCGCCAUUCCAUCCGCUAGCGCGUUUUCCUGGUCCCAAGAUCGCAGCUGCAUCUUACCUAUAUGAAGCGUACUUUGACUGGUGGUUGCUUGGCAGAUAUGGCAAGGUCAUUGCACGGAUGCACGAGCAUUAUGGGCCCAUUGUCAGAAUUAACCCGGAUGAACUUCAUGUAUCUGACCCCUACUUCACUGACGAAAUCUAUGCCGGUCCGGGCCGUAUCCGCGAUAAGUGGCAACAUCAGCUCAACACCGGCGGCGCAGGCCCUGUUUCGGUUACCGGCUUCUCCACCGUCAAUCAUGAGGUUCAUCGAAUGCGCAAGGGCGCAUUGUCAAAAUUCUUUUCGCGUCAGCAAAUGCUUAAACUUGAGGGCGAGGUGCAGGAGUUUGCCCAGCUCACGGCAGACAAAAUGCUCCGCUCGGCGGGGAAGGAGCCAUUCGACGUGAAGGAGGCAUUCAAUUGUUUCACUGCGGAUAUCAUUUCCCAGUAUGCUUUUGGAGAGCCUAUGGGUUUCAUCUCUCAGGAAGGAUGGGAGCCCAACUUUGCUACUUGGGUGAAGUCCUUCUUCAAAAGUGCUUACAUGAUGAGACACAACGCCCUUGGUCGUAAAAUGGCUCAAGUAAUGCCUAUGAUGGCUGAUUACUUGGGUGAAGACAUCAAGUCUGUCAUGAGACAGAUGAAUGUUGUUAUCCCCGGGUAUAUCAAGGCAGCUCUGAGCAACCCGGAAAAUGGAAGAGUUUUUGCCGAUCUCAUGGAAUCCAAGACACUUCCCGAAGAAGAAAAAUCCUUGUACCGACUCUCUGGAGAGGGCUUCAACUUCUUACUCGCAGGUACCGAGACCACUGCUGUGAGACUGGGUUCCUUCCCGUUAAGUGCCGCGUUGCUAAUUGUUGUGACACAGGCUACUCUGACUGUCGUGACGUACUACCUUCUCGCCCAGCCCCAGACCUAUGCUCGCCUUAUGGAACAGUUGCAAGGUCUCAACCCAUCGAACCUGAAAUGGACAGAGCUCGAACAAAAGCCUUACCUGUGGGCAGUCAUUCACGAGUCUCUUCGCAUGAUGCCUGGUGUCUCGCACAGAUCUGCCAGGAUUGCUCGCGAGGAGGACUUGGUUUACAGAACCCGUGACGGUAAAAAGGAAUGGCUUAUUCCUAGAGGAACUCCAGUUGGCAUGACAUCAAUGAUCAACCACUGGAACGAGGAACUCUUCCCAAACCCCGAGGAGUUCAUUCCCGAGCGCUGGUUGAUCGAUGGCCAGCCGAAUCACAAGCUGCAGAAGUUCCUUCUCGCGUUCGGAAAAGGCAGUCGUUCCUGCGUUGGUGAGAAGUAA